AUGGGACUCGACUAUUAUAAAAUUCUUGGCGUUCCCCGGGAUGCAGAUGAGGCAGCCUUGAAAAGGGCGUACCGGCGCCUCGCAAUGAAAUGGCACCCGGACAAGAACCCUGACAACAAGGAGCUCGCUACGCGAAAGUUCAAAGAAAUCAGCGAGGCGUACCAGGUUCUCGUAGACCCUAGGAAACGCGAAAUAUAUGAUAAAUUUGGUGAAGAAGGCAUCAAGGCCGGCAUGCACGAGAACGGUGGUGCAGGCGCCGGCGGUUUUCCUGGCGGCUUCGCCGGCUUUCCAGGAGGGGCGGGCGGUGGCGGCGGCGGUAACGGCACGACCUUCUUCUUUUCUUCAGCGGGGCCCGGUGGCGCCGGCAUGCCCGGUGGCUUCGGAGGCUUUGGUUUCCAGGAUCCCGAAGAGUUAUUCCGCGAAUUUUUCGGUCGCGCUGCGGCAGACGAUCCGUUCACAUCGUUUUCAUCGAGAACUGGCGGCGGUGCUGGAAGCAGUCGCUUUGGCGGAGCGUCUCCUUUCGAUUCCGGCUUUGGCGGCGUUCGGCGAACUCAAAAGAAGGCGCCCGAUCAUGAAGUGCCCCUCGCUUUGACCCUAGAGGAGCUGUACAGUGGCACUCAGAAGAAAAUUAAGCUCACGAAACGAAUACGGGACGCUUCGUCCGGACAAAUUGUUCCCGUCGAGAAAAUCCUUACGAUUGAUAUUCGACCAGGCUUCAAGGCCGGUACGAAAAUCCGCUUCGAGCGAGAGGGCGACGAAAUCGACCCUAACGAGAUUCCAGCUGAUGUGGUCUUCAUUCUGAAACAGAAGCCGCAUCCGCUUUUUGAGCGCUCAGGUAAUGACCUUAUUUACAAUGUGCAGGUUCCGCUCAAGGAUGCGCUGACUGGGACGGAGAUCGAGUUCAAGCACCUCGAUGGCCGUCGGCUGCGAGUCAAAAUACCGGAGGUCGUCCAUCCGGGCUUUGAAAAACGGAUUAACGGCCUGGGCAUGCCGAAUAGCAAGAACCCGAACGAGAAGGGUGACAUGAUCCUGAAAUUCAAGGUUCUGUUCCCUGUAACCCUCACAGAGGAGCAAAAGCGACGAAUACGAGAUAUUUUGUGA